AUUUUGACUUUGACUGUUAUUAAAAUAUUAUCGUAUGGAAUACAAGGAUAAACUGCAGAAGUAAAAGCAUUUAAUUAUUCAGUUUGAGUGCAUUUAGCAAUGGAGAUUCUCGGAAAUAUUAAAAACUAUGACUGGGGAAAAUUGGGAGCGGCAUCUAAAGUUGCACACUUGGCAAAAUUAUCGGAUCCCAAAUUUGAAGUAGACUCGGGAAGUCCCUAUGCUGAGCUAUGGAUGGGCGAUCACGUGAGUGGCCCGAGUAUCGUGAAAGGAACGGGAGAAAGUUUGGUCGAUUUCAUUAAAAAUAACAAGGAAGCUGUUGGUGGAAUGUCAGCACUGCCAUUUUUGUUCAAAGUGUUGAGCAUUCGAAAAGCUCUGAGUAUCCAAGUGCAUCCGAACAAGAAGGAGGCCGAACGCUUACAUGCUGAACGUCCAGACAUUUACAAAGAUCCCAAUCACAAACCGGAAUUAGCUAUUGCACUCACACCAUUUUUGGCACUUUGUGGUUUUAGGCCUUUCGAGGACAUCCAAAGUGUGCUAAAAAAUUAUCCUGACAUAGCAAAAUUGAUUGGCGACAAGGCUGUGUCGGAAUUCAAUGCAAAACCAUCACCUGAAACUCUCAAAAGUUGUUUUGAAAUACUGAUGCGAGCGAACGAAAGCCAACUCAGCACUUGUAUCACGUCACUACUUGCCACAUUUAAAAAACAAUCGAAAUUAAGUCGCUACGAAGAAACGUUCGUUCGUUUGAACGAAGAUUUUCCAAAUGAUGUUGGAUCUCUUUCGCUUUUUUUCCUGAAUCUCAUUCAAUUGAAGCCAGGAGAAGCCAUCAAUUUGGCGGCAAAUGUCAUUCAUGCGUAUCUCGAUGGUGACUGCAUCGAAUGCAUGGCAUGUAGUGAUAAUGUCGUUCGAGCUGGUCUCACCCCAAAGUACAAAGAUGUUGAUACUUUAGUUUCGAUGCUCGAGUAUGAAGGCAAAAAUACUGACGAAAUUCUCUACAAAUCCAAAGAUCUGGGCGCAAAUCAGAAAUAUUCAAAAGUCUUUAUUCCACUUGUGAAAGAUUUUGCAGUUGUUCAAACACAAAUUCCAUCUGGCACUACCACGUACAAAAUAUUGAACCGUAAAUACGGUUCGAUUUUGCUUGUAUUGUCGGGAAAAGGAACAUUGAAGACAAAUAACGGCGAAUUAGAAGUUCUGGAAGGCUCGAUUGUGUUUUUGUCCGCAACACUUGGUCCUGAAGUAGACUUAACUAUCACGGAUACAAGCUUGGAAUUUGUUGCGUAUCAAGCAAUGUACAAUGAUUUCGAAUAAAGUACCAGACGUCAACACACAAUUUAACAAAUUUUCGUCUUUAUUCUUUUUCCAAUAAAUAUUUAAUAUAAUUCAAGAGAAUUUAA